AUGUCAUCACCAUAUCCAUCAGAAAAAAAAAAUGAUGCUCAAGUGUUAAAAGAACAAGUUAAAGGCACAUUUGAUCAAUAUAUGCCAAUUUCACUUCAAACAAAAGAGAAAUCUAAAAGAGUUAAAGCACAAAUUACAGAUUUAAAAGACGAAAAUUCCAAACUUUUAAAAGAAACUAAAAAAUUUCAAAAUCGUUUAAUUGAAGAAUCAAGUUUACUUUAUUUUUUACAAAAGGAAGCCCAUUUAUUAAAAAAAAUUGUAAAUAAUAAAAAUCCUGAAAUUAAAACAUUAAAUCAAACUAUAUAUGAUCAACAUGAAUCAAUUAAAAAAUUAAAAGAGGAAGUUGAAAAAGAACAAAAUAAUGUAACAAUGCAAAUUGAAUUAAAAGAAUUAUUAAAACAAUCAGAAAAUAAAUUAUUAUUAGAGUUAACAUCAGUAAAGGAUACAUUGUUGAUUGAAUCACAAAGUCAUUUACAAGUUAAAGGAAUAUUAAAAGAGACAGAGGAUAAAUUAGAGCAAGAGAUAAAAAUAAAUAAAGAAAAGCUUGAAAAGUUGGAUAAAGAGAUUAAUGAACAUAAAGAUAGUAUAAAUCAAUUACAAGAGAGAUUAGAAUCUACACAAGAUCAAUUAAGUAAAUCACAACAAGAAAAUCAAGAAAAAUCCAAAGAUAUUGAAGAAUUAAAAUCACAAUUGGAAUUAAAUUUACAAGAGAUUGAAAGAUUAAAAAUUGAAAUCAAUAGUGAGAAACAAAAAUUUGAAAAUUUACAAGAUACUUAUAAUCAAUUAAUUGAAAAAAAUAAAGAAAUCAUUAAAUCAUUAGAGGAGGAAGUAAAGAUUAAAGAUGAAUUACAAAUUGCAUUAAAUGAAUUAAAAGAGAAAAAUCAAGAGAUAACAGAAAUUAAAGAGAAAGAAGAGAUUAAAAAUCAAGAAUUAACCAAAGAGAAUCAAGAGUUAACUCUAGAGCUAACUCAAUCACAACAACAAAAUAAAGAUAAUGAAUCAAAGAUUAAUCAACAUCAAGAGACCAUUGAACAAUUGGAACAAGAGAAACAAACUCUCCAAAAUGAACUUAAUAAAUUUGAACAAGAUAAAGAGAUUCUUGAAGCAAAUAUUAAAACAUUAACCAUCGAGUUGGAUAAUAAAGUUAUGGAAGUGGAUGAGUUAUCACAAUUGAGAAGUAAUUUAAAUUUGGAGAUUGAAUGUGUACGUAAAUCACAUAUUAAAGAGAUGGAAGAGUUAACAUUACAAAUUCAACAACUUCAACAACAUUUGGAACAAGACAAGAAUGAUAUUCAACAAAGAGAACAAGAGAUUAGCACAUUACAACAGGAGAAUAAAGAAACCUCUUUAAAAAUUCAAUCAUUAACAAUUGAAAUCACAAAUCGUGAUCAAUCAAUUCAAGAGAAGGAAUUAAAAAUUCAACAAUUGGAAGAGCAACUUGAACAAACCAAAGAAGAGUUGACCAGCAUCACAAGACAACUUCAAAAGGUUGAAGUUCAAAGAGAAUCUUUGGAACAUGAAAAUGAAUCCAUUAGGGAAAUGGUAUCACAAUCAUCAAUUAAAGGUUUAGAUGAAUUAAUCGCCUCACAAAAAGAAACCUAUCAAAAGGAUGUACAAACUUUAAAUUUCACUUUACUUGAAAAAAAUAAUACAAUCCAAGAUAAAGAUAAAGAAAUUCAACAAUUAAAUGAAACCAUUAGCAAAUUACAAUCAGAGAUUCAAGAUGAAAAAGAUAAACUUGAACAACAAGUGAAACAACGUGAACAAGAUCUUCUCAAUUUCCAAGAGGAGAAAGAAAGAAUCAAUAGAAAAAAUGUAGAGGAUCAAGUAGAUAGUGAACAAGUGACUGAAAAAGUAGUUGGCGAUUUAAAACAUAUCAUUGAUAAUAUCUCUAGUGAGAAGGAAUUAAUUCAAAAAGAAGCAAAUAAUUUAGCACAACGUUUAUCCAAUGAAAUCGAUAAAUCAAAGGAUAUGGAGAAAAAAGUUAAAGAUCUAGGUAAGGAGUUUGAAUCAAUGUUGGCAACCAAUGAUAAUUUAGCUAAAGAAUUGGAAGAAUCUCAACAACAAUUAUCAAAAUCAAAUCAACUCUUAAAUCAACAUAUUGCCGAUGGUGCAAAUAAAGUUAGUGAUCAUGAUCAUGAACAACUCUUGAAGGAAUUAAAUGAUUUAAAAUCUAAAAACAAAGAAAUCGACGAUCGUAUUCAACAAGAAAGACAACAAUGGCAUUCAAAUCGUUGGGAAAUCGUCGCAGAAUUGGAGCAAGAGAAAUCAAAAUAUAAAAAAUCUCAAGAUCUCCUCCUCGAUGAAAAGAGAAGAAUGGGUGUCGUUGGUAAAACUGUUUCAAAAUUAUUAGAAGACAAUGAAAAACGUUCUUUCGAUUCAAUGACUCCCGAAUCUUUCUAUGCAAUGCUUGAGGCUGCUAAAAAAGAAUUGGACGAAGGUUUACAACAUCGUAAACAAUACUAUGAUGAUGAAGAUUUAAAUGGUCAAUUAUUAAUGGAGAGAGAAGCAAGAAGGUUGGCUGAAUCUCAAGUUGAACAUUUCGCUGUCCUCUUGGAAAAGAGUAAAGUUGAAAUUCAAAAAUAUAAAGAAAUUAUAAAUAAUGGCGGCGCUAAUAAUAAUAAUAAUAAUAAAUCUGGUUUCUUUUCAAAUUUAAUGAAUAAUACAAGUAAUAAUUCUUUUAUAAAAAGAACAUUUACUGGUUCAACUUUUGGUAAUAAUAAUAAUAAUAAUAAUAAUCAAAAAUAA